AUGGCUGUCGGCGUCACCGCGGCUGCGGAAGCUAGUGUGGGCGUCGCGCAACUUCUGGAUCCGAAUAGGAAAUGGUACAACAACCGUCGGUUAGUGUUUAAUAUCUCGUCCAUCGGGCGUCGGACGCUCACAACGAUCGUCCCUUCGCGAAGUCUCAUUACUCUACACGCAUGGGUCGUGCUUAUCAUUAUCAUCUCGUCUGCGAACGGCUUCGAUGGCAGUCUCAUGAACAGCUUCCAGUCGCUGUACCAAUGGGAAGACUACUUCCACAGCCCUUCAGGCUCCCUCCUGGGAGUCUUGAGUGCGAUGCAGAACAUCGGGUCGCUCGCGGCGUACCCAUUUGCGCCGUACCUGUCUGACGGGAUCGGGCGGAGAGCGACAAUAUUUAUCGGCGCGAUCAUCACCAUAGCCGGUGUCGCGGUCCAGUCUGCGUCGUACAACAUCGGCAUGUUUAUCGCCGGACGCUUCCUCGUAGGAUUCGGAGUUUGUUUCGCCACUAACGCUGCGCCGUUGCUCGUAACCGAGAUCUCUUAUCCCCCUUAUCGAGCACCUUUAACCUCCCUAUAUAACUCCCUAUGGUACUCCGGCAACGUAAUUGCGUCGUGGACCACAUACGGCACCGCAUACAUCCCGAACCAAUGGUCAUGGCGCAUCCCGUCCAUCAUACAGGGCAUCCCGGCCUUCAUUCAGCUUGUCCUGGUCAUGUUCGCGCCCGAGAGCCCUCGUUGGCUGAUCGCAAAGGGGAAAGAGGCGCAGGGGCUUCAUAUCCUUGCGUACUACCACGCGGACGGAAACGAACAAGACCCCCUCGUGCAGUUCGAGUUCGAGGAGAUCAAGGCCGCAAUUGCGUUUGAUCGUCAAGUCAAUAAGAACGUCAAUUGGUUCACACUAUUUGCCACCCCCGGUAAUAGAAAGCGUAUUAUCAUCGCUGUUGCUAUCGGAUGGUUCUCGCAGUGGUCCGGGAAUGGCCUGGUUUCGUACUACCUCAACAAGGUCUUCGACACCAUAGGCAUCACCAGUACGACCACCCAACUACUUAUCACUGGCAUUCUAGCCAUAUGGAACUUGGUCAUCUCCAUCUGGGCCUCCUUCUUGGUAGACAAAGUCGGCCGUCGCCCGCUCUUCCUAUGGGCUACGGGCGGCUGUUUGGUCUUUUUCAUUCUGCAGACGAUAUGCUCAGCGCAAUAUGCACUCCACCAGCAGCCCGCCGCCGCGCACUCGGUCAUCGCGUUCAUUUUCCUCUUCUACGGAUUCUACGACCUCGCAUUCACGCCCCUGAUUGUCACAUACACCUGCGAGAUUCUCCCGCACUCCCUCCGCGCGAAGGGCCUCACUGUGUUUAGUGUGGGAGUCUCGCUGGCACUCAUAUUCAAUCAAUAUGUCAACCCCGUGGCCCUGCAGAGGCUGGCCUGGAAGUACUAUAUAUUCUACUGCUGCUGGAUCGCGUUCGAGUUCGUCUUCCUCUACUUCAUGCUCAUCGAGACCAAGAACCGGACACUCGAGGAGACCGCCGCGCUGUUUGACGACAAGGACAUUUCGCAGGAUGUCGCCGCGGUGGUGGAAGAUAUCCGCCGAGAAGAGAAAGAUACCCCGUCCGAGAAGGCCUCGGAAGAAGUCGUGGAGGCCAUCUCGACUUUGGCAGGCGACCCAUACGUUCUCGACUUUCACCAGUCCGCUAGGGACCCUGAGAAGUGA